AUGCUGCUCUACUUCAUGAAAAUGCCCAACCUUACGUUGGAAAACUUACUCGCUAGAAAAUUGCCGAGUUUGGUUAAGAAGUUCUACCGCACUUUGCUUAUUCUACUGACUUGGACCAUCCGAAUACCACUACUUAUUGUUUCGGGCACUGAAGAUGCAUCUGCGAGAGAAAAUAUUCGAUGGUCAGAGACAGCUGGAAGGGGUCAGGGGUCUCCUGAUUCCGGAGGAAAGCCUGGUACGGUGGCGCCAGGUAGGACGGGGUUGCAGGAGUCAUGUAGGCUACCAAAACGGAAAAGGACUAGGAUGGCGAUCUGUACUUAUAACGCACGUACGCUUGCAUCGGAAGCGGCCAUCGAAGAUCUGAUGAUGCAAGCCAAGAAGAUCAAGAACGACGUCAUCGGACUGACCGAGACGAGACGACGUCACCCUCCGUAUAUGAAACUGGAGAAGAACUGUUCUUAG